CCUGGAGGGAGAAAUUGUCUUUGUCAACUGGCAAAUCUCGAGAAAAAUGAAUUAUUUAGACACUUAAUUAAGCUUACAGUUUGUGCCGACGAUGCUGUAUUCGUGUGUUUGUGCGCUGAGGUCGUCAACGUCCUUAAAAAAGCUGUGCAUCCUCUCCCUGCUGCACAUGAGGAGACAUCAUGGCCCUCAGCAGUUGUGGAGUAGAAGUCUGCACAGCGGGACAGUUCGCAGCCUGUCUUCUGGACCACAGUCUCCUUCUCCUCCCACAUUAACAGACUCUUCUGAAUGCACCGACACGCAGCCCACUCAGAGCACCUCUGCUUGGUCCCCUGAGGAGGGCCCACCACCCGCUCCCACACACUGCUGCAUGAGCGGCUGUCAUAACUGCGUGUGGAUUGAACACGCAGAGCAGCUGUUGGCGUACUACCACGACGGAGGCGACCGCGCGCUCGCCGCUAUCGAGGAGAAUGUCCUUGAUGAGAACCUUAAAACCUAUCUGAAGAUGGAGAUUAGACUCAUGAAGAAGACGUGACUGAUACAUUGAUGUGAAAUAAGUGUUAAUGAGUGUUUUUAUGAAAGAAACGUUCACCGACUCAGUUUAAAGGUGCAUGUAAGAUUUGGCAGAAUUAAAAUCAACAAGUAUCAACAGAAUAUGAAGAAAUGAUAGUUUUGAUGUUAUGUUAAAGACGUCUAUGUAUUGUGUUGCACUGAUAUCCGAAGUUAGCACACUUAGGCUAUCCCCAGACUGUCCUGUUUCAUAAUAUCACUUUAUACCUCAAGAGGUCGAAUCACUGUAGCGUCCAAACUGCCCUUAGUCUAACAUGAGAGGAGGACAAAGUAGUAGUGGUGGCAGCCCUGAGCCACCUCAGCAGCAACAGUAUGUUUGAGCCAGGCUUAAAGCUGCUAAAAGUUUCACUCUCUGACAGGUAAUAUGUCACUUUAUUAAGUUUUAAUAUCUUUAAGGUGAGAAAAUAACCAUUUAGAUUCCCAAUGUAUGGUCAGUUUAAACAAUGACUAUAUGGAAAAUGUACUUUGAUAAAUGUCGGAGAUGCUUCUGCUGCAACCACUGGCCAGGCCAGCUGAUCAUCUCAGCUAUAUUUUGUGAUGCUGCCCCUCAUUUGUUAAAAGCAGGUGGCCAAAUCUUACUUAUUGCACUUGUUGAGCACUUUUAAAUAAGGCACUCCUCCUUAUCCAUUUCAUCUCCACAUGUUCACACUGUUCAUGUCUACAGAACAUUUCAGCAACAUCUGAUAGAAAAAAAAAGUUUAAAAAAAUCACCACAUUCCCAAAUUUUCAGUAUUUAAUGUUGUGAGUAAAAUGAUUGAAACGACUUACAGUACAUUGUGUGAAACUGAUUAUCCUUUCAGUUUCAGCCCAACCUGUUACACCUCAGAAAUGCUUGAAUUGUUGUAGAGCUGCAAUGAUUAAUUUCACUGCUGAUUAACCUUCUGACAUUAUGGGCCGAUUAUUUCCCAGACAAGGAUUACACUUUUUCUUAAUGGAUAUUUUCACAUGCAGUCCAGGACUAGUCUUAAUCUCUGUCUGAGAAACUGGAACAUAGUCUAUGAAAUCUCAAAAUGUAGUUAAAAAAGUGCUCAUUUCAGUUCUCCAGAGGCCGAUGUGAACUCUUCAGAUGUCUCUUUGUGUUUAACUAACUGUCAAAAACUCAGAUAUUCAGUUUAAAAUGAUGCUGAAACAGAGAGAAGUAGCAAAUCCUCACAUUUAAUGAGCUAAACCCACCUUCUUUUGCAUUUUUGCUUGAAGAAUGACUGAAAAUAUUUAUCAUUAAAGUAGCUGUUGGUCAAUUUCCUUUCAACCAACUAAUUGAUCAUUGACUAAUCAUUGCAGCUCUACAUUAUAGUGUCAGAUUGAUCAUUGCUUCAGUUUUCAUGGUGUGUUGGUUGAUUUUGUGUGCAUGAUUUUAUUCUUACAGAGAAGUUGCAUCAGUUGUCACUAUAAGAUAAUUACUUCUUUCAACUCUGAUUUAUAUUCAUUGUUGAUUCAUUGUCACUUUCUUUUAGUCGCAAAGGCGAUUUUCACAUUUUGUUUUUUAUAAAUCAGUUUGUUUGAAGCUUGAAUUGAAGUGGUUAAAGUAUAUUUUCAUGUCUUUACUUUUACUUGCUUUAUUGUA